AGAAAAAAUUGUAAAUUGUCGAAUAAAUGAGAUUUCUUAAUCACUUACAAAUGAUAUACGUUUUAAGUGAUAGGAUGAUGGGUAUUUAGGGUAAUUAUAUCGUGUAUAAGGAUGAUGAGUUUAAGUUCAAAGAAGCAAAUGGGUAGCUUGGAAGUUGAGAAAACAGCUAUUGGCUGGGCUGCUAGAGAUCCUUCUGGUGUACUUUCACCUUAUACCUACACUCUCAGAAACACAGGGCCUGAUGAUGUGCAAGUCAAAGUUUUGUACUGUGGACUUUGUCACAGUGAUCUUCACCAGGUUAAAAAUGAUCUUGGCAUGUCCAACUACCCUAUGGUUCCUGGACAUGAAGUUGUUGGAGAAGUGGUGGAGGUAGGGCCAGAGGUAACAAAAUUCAAAGUGGGUGAUACAGUUGGAGUUGGAUUGCUAGUUGGAUGUUGCAAGAAGUGCAGGCCUUGCAAGGCUGACAUUGAGCAAUACUGUGCAAAGAAGAUAUGGAAUUGCAAUGAUGUCUACACUGAUGGCAAGCCCACCCAAGGUGGUUUUGCUAAUUUCAUGGUUGUUGAACAAAAAUUUGUGGUGAAAAUUCCAGAAGGUAUGGCACCAGAACAAGCAGCACCACUACUAUGUGCUGGUGUGACAGUGUACAGUCCAUUGAACCAUUUUGGUUUUAACCAAAGUGGAUUAAGAGGUGGAAUAUUGGGACUUGGAGGAGUUGGACACAUGGGAGUAAAAAUAGCAAAGGCAAUGGGACAUCAUGUUACUGUCAUUAGUUCUUCGGAUAAGAAAAGACAAGAAGCAUUGGACCACCUUGGUGCUGAUGAAUAUCUUGUUAGUUCAGACAAUGAGAAAAUGCAAGAGGCUGCUGAUUCACUUGACUAUAUUAUUGACACCGUCCCUGUUAAUCAUCCUCUUGAACCUUAUCUCUCUUUGCUUAAAGUGGAUGGCAAAUUAAUCUUGAUGGGAGUUAUCAACACCCCCUUGCAAUUUGUCUCCCCCAUGGUUAUGCUUGGGAGAAAGAGCAUCACCGGAAGUUUCAUUGGUAGCAUGAAGGAAACAGAGGAAGUGCUACAUUUUUGCAAAGAAAAAGGUCUUACUUCUCAAAUAGAGAUGGUGAAAAUGGAUUAUAUAAACACUGCAAUGGAAAGGUUGGAGAAAAAUGAUGUGAGGUACAGAUUUGUGGUGGAUGUUGCUGGAAGCAAGCUUGACCAGUAAUAACACUACGCACCAAAGGAAUUUGGAUGGUUUAUCAAGAAGGGCUACAAUAUAAAUUAUCUAUAUAAGAGAAAAUUAAAAUGCCCAACUUUGAUAUUGUCAUCUUUUGUUUUUUUUUAAUUUGCACUUGUAUUUUGUUUUCUUUAAUCUGUACCUGUAUUAUCGUAUUUGGUGAUUGAAUGUUACAGUUCUGUAUUUUAUUUUCUUUCUUAAUUAAAACAAUAUAAGCGUGAGACUUUA